UCCAACCUUCUAGACCAUCCUCUCUCCUCUUCCAAGCCCGCCUUUAAUGGCCUCUCUCGUCUCUCGUACUUCCUCAAACGAACAACACCAAGAACGAGCUCUUCUCCAAUGGCGACUCUUUCAAUUACCUCCCAUUGUUCUUCUAUACCCACAUGGAAGAAGAAGAACAAAAGCUCAUCUUUCACCAAGAUCAAUCCACUUCGCAACAACACCCACUUCUCCUUUUCUCUCUCGAGAAAAUCAGCUCUCGGAAAAUUCUCCAUUAAAGCCGAGCUAGAUGAAAAACCCACUUCUUCUUCGUCUUCUUCUACUGUGUUUUCAGAGAAGCCAAGUGAUACUGAAGAAACCCAGAAGAGUGAAGCGGUUUCUGAGUCUGAAGAAGAGGAAGAAGAGCAAGAGAAGGAUUGGAAGACGGACGAGGAGUUCAAGAAGUUCAUGGGGAAUCCGUCGAUUGAAGCGGCGAUAAAGUUAGAGAAGAAGAGAGCGGAUAGGAAGCUCAAGGAGCUAGACAGGGAAAGCAGCGACAGUAAUCCACUUGUUUCCUUCUUCAGCAGAGCUGUGCGAGAGAGCUUGACCAGAGAGAAAGAGAGGUUGGAGAAAGCUGAGCAGAGCUUUAAAGCUCUUGACCUUAACAAGUUGAAGAGCUGUUUCGGUUUUGAUACAUUUUUCGCGACUGAUGUUAGAAGAUUUGGGGAUGGAGGAAUUUUCAUUGGAAACUUGAGGAGACCCAUUGAAGAGGUCAUUCCUAAAUUGGAGAAAAAGCUUUCUGAUGCGGCAGAAAGGGAUGUGGUUGUAUGGUUCAUGGAGGAAAAAACAAAUGAUAUCACAAAACAGGCAUGUGUGGUGCAACCUAAAGCAGAAAUAGAUCUCGAGUUCGAGUCAACCAACCUGAGUACCCCGUUGGGUUACAUUAGUGCCAUAGCCUUAUGUGUUACAACUUUCGGGACCAUAGCUCUGAUGAGUGGCUUCUUCCUUAAACCCGAUGCGACAUGGGAUGACUAUAUUUCUGAUGUUGUGCCUCUCUUUGGUGGCUUCAUUUCCAUCUUGGGGGUUUCUGAGAUAGCUACAAGGUUGACGGCAGCUCGUUAUGGUGUGAAACUGAGUCCAUCUUUUCUUGUGCCAUCCAAUUGGACGGGGUGUCUAGGAGUGAUGAAUAACUAUGAGUCGUUGCUACCUAAUAAGAAAGCUCUCUUUGAUAUUCCGGUGGCACGAACAGCUAGUGCUUAUUUGACGUCGCUAGCACUAGCAGUCGCAGCCUUUGUGGCUGAUGGCAGCUUUAACGGGGGUGAUAACGCAUUGUAUAUAAGGCCUCAGUUCUUCUAUAACAACCCAUUGCUUUCUUUUAUCCAGUAUGUUAUCGGACCUUACACAGAUGACCUUGGAAAUGUAUUGCCAUAUGCAGUAGAAGGUGUUGGAGUUCCUGUUGAUCCCCUGGCUUUUUCUGGGCUUUUAGGAAUGGUGGUGACAUCUCUGAACUUGUUGCCUUGUGGAAGGCUCGAAGGAGGGCGCAUAGCGCAGGCCAUGUUUGGGAGGAGUACCGCGACUCUGCUCUCUUUCGCAACUUCGCUUUUGCUUGGCAUUGGAGGGCUGAGUGGAAGUGUCCUGUGUUUGGCAUGGGGUUUGUUUGCAACCUUUUUCCGCGGUGGAGAGGAAAUACCUGCGAAAGAUGAGAUCACUCCAUUGGGGGACGACAGGUAUGCUUGGGGUUUCGUCCUCGGUCUCAUCUGUUUCCUGACUCUCUUCCCCAACAGUGGAGGGACAUUCUCUAGCUCCUUCUUAAGUGGGCCAUUUUUCAGGGGUGAUAUGUAAAUACAUUUUAUAGAAUUGUAAAAAUUUUCAGGUUUUAAGUGUUUAAUUUGUUUUCUGUAGUUAGAUUUAUGCUCUGCAAGCUAAUUCCGAGAAAGGAAGAUCUACUGUAUAUUUUUCUUUUUAAUUCUCCCUUGAAUGAUAAAAUGUUCAAAAAGUGUA